AUGAAAGAUUCCGGCGAGCACUCCACGGACGCUCUAUGCGCCUCUUCACCCACCAGCGGCCUCGCCAAAGCUCUCAUCGAAGGGCGAUAUCCAGACGUCGCCAUCACCUGCGGCAACCGCGAAUUCAGGGUUCAUCGUCUGGUGGUCUGCACGCAAAGCCCGUGGUUCGAUGUGGCCUUCACCACUCCGCCCAAGAAACGCACCAUAAAAAAUGUGGAGAUUAGGGAUGUUAAGCCGGACGUUUUCCAACGAUUCAUCGAAUUCCUUUACACAGGGACGUACACCCUCGAUGGCGACAUGCCUGCAAAGGAAGCUACGAGUUUGAAGGUCGAGGAGAUCGAAGCUAGACUCAAGAACAACCCCGGAUGUGCGCUUCCUGCUGCUAAGCCCGAAGCGAUGCAGGUUGACUCGCCGAAGCGCUCUGUUAGAAGAUCUACUAGGUUGAACUCGACUACAAGCUCAACAGGCGAGACGCCCGCCCCCGAACAGCCUCAAAACCACGAAAAACCCUCUCUACAAGCCAUCGAAAUGACCCUCAAGCUAUAUCAAGUCGCUGUGACCUACGGUGUACGCGCUCUUCAAUUGCUCACACGAGAUCGCUUUUACAAACUAGGAAACGACCGCUGGGUGACGACAUCAUGGGUGUCCUACGAAGCAACACAGGAAUUCGAAGAGAUCUUGCUGGACAUUUAUUCGAUACAAGACGGUGACCCAUUGUGGAUGGCCGUCACUGUCAUGAUAAGGGACAAAAUCGAGAAUGACGAGAUGAAAAAACGGAUGAAGCAAAUGACUGUCGAACAUCCGGAUUUGGUGGACUGCCUUGUACAGAGCAUGCGUGUUGCGGAUGACGAGAUCACGGUAGCUGGUAACUAG